AUGGCUUCACUUAUUAAAAACCAGAUUAUCAAACAUCUGUCAGUGUAAGUUGUUUUGUUUUUUGUUGAUUUUUAGGUAACAGUCACUGAUGCAUCAGCUGAUGGUUAAUAUUUUGAUGAUUUUCAACGAUUAAAUAAUGAAAAUAUUAUUUAAAAGCUAUAAAUGUCUUUAUUAAGCUUUAUAAUGGUCAUAAUUUUUAUAAUAAUACAGAAAAGGUACGAUUGAUACCUAAUUAUUCAGAAAUUUUUACGAUUUUGAAAAGUUAAAUUCUAGAUUUGCCCGUAAUUUGACUCCAGACCAGAUUAGUGUGGAGGUAUUGCGCGGAAAAGGAGAGUUGAGGAAUAUAGUGUUAAAUGAGGAAGUAUUGUCGGAAAAGUUGGAGUUGCCGCCAUGGUUGAAGAUCAGACACGCUUCUUGUAAUCGAGUUACAGUCAAUAUUCCAUGGACAUCUUUGAAGAGUCUGCCGGUGGAAUUGGUAGGUAGUUUUAAUUAGUUUUGAUGUUUAGGUUUACCAAUUGAUUGUGUUUGAUCAGGUCAUACAUUAACAAGCUCACAUUGAUGAUAAAAUUUUUCAGCAUGUCGAUGAGAUCCACGUCCUUCUGGAGUUAUGUGCUGAUGAUGGCUCUGCUCAAACUAAGAAAAGUCAGGCUUCUGGGUAAGAAAAGAAGUGUUGUACUUACAUUGUAAUAUGUCAAAAUAUGGUUUUUUUGAUUUAUAUUUUGCUUUUACUGUAGCAUAAGCAUGAUGUUUGAUAUCGAUAUUGUUUUAGGUCAACAUCAUAUGGUUUUGGAGAUCGUGUAGUAGAAGGAAUGUCAUUGUUUGUGAAUAAUGUGGAGAUUGAGUUUACAUCUGAUAGAUUUAGAGGAUCUGUUAUGGUAUGUUUUCAUCACUAAAAGUUGUAAUUUUGUUUUUACUUUAUUAAGAUACAUCCUAUAUUUAUAUUGUUAUCAAAACUUAUAAAGAUACUAGUCUUUGAUAAGUUUAACAAGAUUUUAUAAUGAUUUUAAGCUAAAAGUUAUAUUGUUUUAGUUGAGCCGCUUGGAAGUAAUGUCACAGACACCGAACUGGAAGAAGGCUCCGGACCUUAAGCAUACCAGAUUCCAUGAUCAUUCCACAAAUAAAGUAAUGUUCUUCAAGCACAUCUCUUGGCAGUUACUGCGAAUUGAAGCCAGAGCUAUUGAAGGGAAAGAUAAUGGAGAUGCGACUACUUUUAGGGCUGUCAAUUCACCAUUAAGGUUGAUUACUAGUGCUGGGAAGUGCCGAGUUGUCAUUAAGAAGAGUUCUGUCGGUAAGCAGUUUUAUCUUUUUUUUUUUGGUUUUUAGGUACGACUAAAAUGUAUUGAAUUCUGACUGGAUCCAGACCUAGAGGAAGCUCACGUUACUACUUAAGCAAGGUCAUAGUGCUAAAAAUAUAAUUUUCAGACGGAUCCUUGAUCUGUGGCCGAAUGCAGACCAUUUUGGAAGAGGUGUUAUGGGUAGCCACAUUGCCGCAACUCCGUUCAGCCAUCAUGUUCGCCAAGUAUAUUGUGGAACUGAUCGAGAAGUCUCAAGAAGCGGCCAAGAAUCAGAAACCCGAGAGUUUAAAGUCAAUCGUAAGCUCAAGCAAGAAGUUUUUCCAGGAUGGGAGUCCUAGUCUCUUUAAGGUAGCUUUCUUUCUUUUCUACUUAUUGUUAAUAUUGGGAGAAGGUAUGUUAAUAUUGAGAGACGGUGAUGAAGUUAAUAUGGGAAUGGUCAUGGUGAUGUGGUAGGUCAUGGUGAAUAAUAAUAGUGUUAUAAUAGUGUAAAGUUGUUUCUGAACGAAAAGUUUUUGAAAUUAUGGUUUUUAUUAAUAUACUGAGUUUUUGUGAAGGAUAAUGUAAUUUUUUGUAUGAUGAAAAUGAUCUUUAUGCUAUAGAAUAUUUGGUUACCGCUUAAGCCGCUUGUCUAUAGAGUCUUUCAAGUUUUUUAAUACCUAAAGUAAUAUCUACGGCUUUUGUAUGGGCUUUUUAUAGAAGUUUUGCUAAUUUAUUGUUUAAGCUGACGCUUUUUUUGGCUUUUUAGUAACUUAUGGUUAGCUUCUUACUACUUCUACCAAUUUAAGUAAAGCUUCUUAACUAGAACUACUGCUUAGCACAACUACCUUUAAUAUUGUUAUUCAUAAUAUCUUUAUUUUCAGAACUCAAGUCGCACAGUGGUUGAGCAAAACCGUGAAAUGUCACAACGCUACAAGACGAUCGACUUUAAUCAGUCUUCGAAUCAUGUCUACAUUAACAGAAUCGACUUACAUUUGUGUGAUGAUGGCACUACUGACGACUUCCCAACCGAUUGGGACAUUAACAAUGGUGCUAUUCAGAUGGUGUUGACGAGACUUUCACUUGACAUAUAUCCAAGUCAUUCACCGCUUUGGAAGAGGGAGGAUUGGGUACGGUACGAUGCAACCAAUUCUUGUGCCAAUGAAGCUGAAAAACUGGUGGUAUCACAUUUGGCAAAGAUCUGCGAGAUGAUGAGUAAGUUUUUUGAAUUUUUUUGUUGGUUUUUAGGUCGAUUUCUACACAUUGUUUGAUUAAAGGUUGAAAAUUUUAGCUUGUGAAUUAAAUUUUUGUAAAUUGAAGUUUUGUUAUUAUAAUAAGGAUUGAUUAAAAAGCAAUUUAUUGUUGUAGAUGACGGUGACAAACGCCAAUUCACCCAAGUCUGCCAAGACCUUCGAUCCCAACAUAUUGUAAUCAGAAUCGACGAUCUUCUGGUUAACUGUGUAUCUCAACAAACCUCGAAGAAGGAACAAGUCGUUCCUAUGAUCCACCCCGACACUACUGCUAGACAAACCCUACCCAAUCAAACCCCGAUCUUCCACAUGGAACUCGCCAGUUACUAUUACCUGAACCCGACCAGCUUUCCCGUACCUCCAAACGCCUCCCACAUGGUUAUUGGUCCUCUAAUUGUCAGUGUAGACCCACGAUCGGUCCGAUGGCUGGUGUAUGUGAGUGAGAAUCUACUGAAUGUUGUUGAUGUGAAGAAUCUUCAAAAAGACCCAACACCGACUGACACGAGGAUAGAGGUGCUGUUACCGAGAGUCUACUUUGAUCUACCAGUACCAGAGGACGAUAACAGAUAUCCAAAUAGACUAUCAGUUUCUUUGUGUACUGUAACUGCUACGAACUAUCAUUACGAACAAACUCCACAGGCUGAUGUUGUACCUUUUAAGCAGUUCAGUGAAAAGGCAACCGAAUUUAUGAAGAAUUACGACGAAAGCUUGGUUCAGCAUGUUAUUAAUGCUCAGAAGGUGCUGAGGAAUGACGGUAAGGACACGAAAUUCUUUUUAAAUUUAAAAAAAGGUUUUUAAAGACUAUUCUAUAACACUUAUUGCUAUUUUUUAACUAAGAAAUGUUAUUUAUUUAGAAGGCACGUUUGGCUUAUGUUACAUUUUCAAUGUACUAAAACCGUGCUUUAUCUUUCAGACUGCCCAGACAAAGAAUUCUUCCUCAUCAAACUAACUUCAUUGGUAAUAAACUCAGAAAAUGAAGCCCAUCACUCCCAGCCGGCAAUGUCAAACGACUUCAACAUUGAUAUUUACGUAGUAGAACAACCUGAAAACCAUAUCAAAGUAGCGGCCGACCCUCAGGGUACCAUUGAACUAGCCAUCGACCACUUUCAAUUUGCUCAAAUCAUCAAAGUCCAACAGAUCGUCAACGUUUUAAUGGAACAAAUCAAGUCUGACCGGGUCUUUUUCCACAAGAGAUAUUGUCAUAAGAACGAGGAACCCAAAGUUUCGGUCUACUGUGCUUUGGAACGGGUAGGUAUUGUAUUGUUUUAGGCAGUAGGUAGUGUUUUUGAAAGUUAGAGACUUUUUUGGGCAAUCUACUAUUAUAUUAUCUUAUUUACCAUAAGGUAGUAUAAAAGUGAAUUGGUCAAAAUUUAGUAAAAAAUAUUUUAUUUUUAGGUAAUUUUGAACAUUGUUCUACCUCCAAUACCAGUACCAUCUCCCUACGAAGUUAAGAGAAUGUUACCGACUUCAGACACCGAAGGGUCUUUGUCUUCAGGUAUGUUAAUAUGUUUAAGUCUUUUUGACAAAAAAGGGUAAGAAAAGCGAAAUGUAGGUAUGCAAACUGUAUUGAAAUGGUAGCAUUUAAACUAAACGGCGAAUAGAUUCAAAGUAUUUAUUAAAUGUAUUAAAAUGUACAAAAACAAAAGUAAAGAAUGGUUUGGAAUGUUCUGUUUUCAUCCGUAAUUCAGAUCAUAUUCAGACUUUUUGGAAUAA